AUGCAGUCACAUAUGAAAAACAAGAAGAAGAAGGGAAGUGAAACAAGUAGUAAGAAAGUAGUUAAGACAAGAGAUAAUACAUAUAUAAUUGAAGAGUUUUCAGAUAAUGAAUGUGAUGAACCAACUAGUGUAGAGAAUAUUGGAGACAUUUCAACGGAAGUACCAGUUUCAGGAGCUACAGUAAUUCGUAUCGAGUCCGAUGUUGAAUGUUCAGUUAGUAAGAAAGAAGAAGCAGUUUUUGGAACAUAUAUUAAAGUAGAUAGUUGUGAUGAUAAAAUGAAAUAUGUUAUUUUAAAUAAUACCGUUAUAAAAUACGAAUAUAGUAGUGGAGAAGAAUGUAGUAACAAUGGAGAAGGAGAAGCUAAUGAGAAGAAAUAUGGAUGUGGAAAAUGUGAAGAUAAAGUGAAGACUAUUUGUCCAGGAAACACACCAUCAGGAGAUACAAGUGAUAAUAAUGAUGAUUCAGCAUCAAGUAUGAUGAUUGGUAUUUUAUCAGUUAUUGCACUUUUCUUCUUUUAA